AUGACUCAGGCGACUCUGCUCAAUUACUUCAAAAAAGCUCCGUCGUCAGCAAGUCCGGCAGUACUCGAGCAUCCACCUAUCUCAACUCUUUCACCCUCCGACGUCUCGCCGUCGUUAAGCAAUGAGCCCGAGCCUAUUGUGUCAGUUGAUGCGUUACACUCCUCAAACAGCAGUGCAGUUGAAGCGGAUCUCCAAGUAGCCGUCGAAACACAUGUCCCAACAAGGACCCCAAUCCCCAACAUCAGUCAUGCGGCCAUCUCCAGAGUCGUCGCCGAACACCUUGAGCCAUUGAAGCGGCUGACAUCCACCAUUUUGCCUGUUCGGUAUCCGGACAAAUUCUACAAUGCGGUGCUCCUGGAAACCGAGGUCUCUGACCUCACGAGGGUUGUUCUCUAUCACGACAAGCCUGUGGGAUGGAUCCGGUGCCGCCUCGAGUCACCGAGCCCCGAAUCGGCUGUCAAGCAGAUCUACAUACAGGCCCUGUGUAUCCUUGCACCAUAUCGGGAGAGAGGGCUGGCAAGCCACUUGCUGAAGUCGAUUCUCGAACCGAGGAUUCUCCGCCAAUACCAUGUCAACUCGAUUUAUGCUCAUGUAUGGGAGAGUAACGAAGAUGCCCUGGACUGGUACAAAAGGAGAGGCUUCAAGCAAAUCAUGUUGGUAGGACAGUACUACAAGAGACUCAACCCUUCGGGCGCAUGGAUCGUGAGAAGAGAUAUCAGCGUGCUGGAUCAUGUUGCUCCGGGUGGAUGA